CCACCGCCCUGAUGACGGGCUGACGACAUCGCGCACGCUCAGUUCUUUCCGUUCUUUGUUCAAGCGGAUCGGCAUCGGGAGGGGUUCCUCGCCCCCAGGGUGGGGAGCCGGGAACGAAUGGUUCUCUGCGGGGCGAAACCCACGAUUUUCUAUUGUUAGACCUGCGGUGAGAAGUUUAUUUGAAGAAAAACCCCAACUGGAAGCAAACCACAGCUGAAGACGAGGGAACAGCAACAAGUGAAUUGGCCCGAGGACUGAGAACAGCAACUGGAGAGACCAACUUUGCAUCAAGAGACUCGGAUUUCCCAGUGAUUCAGUCAGGAGAAAGUUUGCUGCAGAUUUUUCUAUACACACGAAAAAAAUGAGGUAUGGACUUUGAACCGGUGCUUGCAGAAAUGUUUAAUGGCAUCGUGAUUACCCAUAGGGCCAUGCGUUAAGAAUUCUGCCGGCGCUGAAGCGCCGAUGAAAUGCGCAGGCGUCAGGCUGAGGACGUCCCCGAGUAUCACGCAUGCGCGCAGUACACAGAAGGCCUUGAAAAUGGCGGCUACAGGUUAAAAACGAGAAGGAAUUUGUCGCCGGGGAUCUCAAACAGAAAACGCCAGUUUUGCUGUCUCUGUCUGGAUAUUUAAGAAGUGGAGCGAGGGAUUCAAUCGACUAUCCUUCCUGCUCAGACUGUGGAGAGGGAUUCAAUUGAUCAUUUGACCAAAUAGCAAGCCAGUCAUCUUACACAGGAGAAAGGCUGUUCACCUUCUCAGACAGUGGGAAUAGAUUCACUCAAUUAUCACAAUUGAAGGUACAUCAGCAAGUUCACACUGGGCAAGUCCAUUCAUCUGUUCUGUGUGUGAGAAAGGAUUCAGUUGGACCUGUGGACACACCAGUCAGUUCACACCACACCUGGUAGAGGCUGGUGAUCUGCUGAAUUUCUGGGAAAAGAUUCACUCAGUCAUUUGACCUUAUGGCUCACCAGCGAGUUCACACUGGGGAGAAGCCAUUCACCUGUUCAGUCUGUGGAAAGGGAUUCACUCAGUCAUCCAACCUACGGAGUCCCCAGCGAGUUCACACUGGGAAGAGGCCGUUCACCUGUUCAGAAUGUGAGAAGAGAUUCACUCAGUCAUCCAACCUACGGAGUCCCCAGCGAGUUCACACUGGAGAGAGGCGCUUCACCUGCUCAGUCUGUGGGAAGAGAUUCACUCAGGCAUCCAACCUACGGAGACAUCAGCGAGUUCACACUGGGGAGAGGCCGUUCACCUGUUCAGUCUGUGGGAAGAGAUUCACUCGGUCAUCCAACCUACUGUUACAUCAGCGAGUUCACACUGGGGAGAAGCCAUUCACCUGCUCAGAAUGUGGGAAAGGAUUCAGUGAGUUAUCCAACCUACUGGUACAUCAGCGAGUUCACUCUGGGGAGAAGCCAUUCACCUGCUCAGUCUGUGCGAAGGGAUUCACUCGGUCAUCCCAACUACAGAAUCAUCAGCGAGUUCACACUGGGGAGAAGCCAUUCACAUGCUCAGAAUGUGGUAAAGGAUUCAGUGAGUUAUCCAACCUACUGGUACAUCAGCGAGUUCACACUGGGGAGAAGCCAUUCACCUGCUCAGAAUGUGGGAAAGGAUUCAGUGCUUUAUCCAGCCAACUGAGACAUCAGCGAGUUCACACUGGGCAGAAACCGUUCACCUGUUCAGAAUGCGGGAAGAGAUUCACUCAGUCAUCCCACCUGCAGAGUCAUCUGCCAGUUCACACUGGAGAGAAGCCAUUCCCCUGCUCAGAAUGUGGGAAGAGGUUCAGUCACUCACGCUCCCUGCAGAGACACCAGUCAGUUCACACUGGGGAGAAGCCGUUCAUCUGCUUAGUCUGUGGGAAGAGAUUCACUGAGUCAUCCAGAUUACUGGUACAUCAGCGAGUUCACACUGGGGAGAAGCCGUUCAUCUGCUUAGUCUGUGGGAAGAGAUUCAAUAACUCAUCCAGAUUGCUGGAACAUCAGCGAGUUCACACUGGAGAGAGGCCAUUCACCUGCUCAGAAUGUGGGAAGAGAUUCACUCACUCUUCCACACUACAGAGACAUCAGCGGGUUCACACUGGAGAGGAGCCAUUUACCUGCUGAGAAUGUGGGAUAGGAUUCACUCAGUCAUUCCAACUACUGGCACACCAGUCAGUUGUUAUGAAUCCCUAGGUUUUGUUUGCUGUGGACUGUCAUUUUAAGAGAGAGAGAUUAGGAAGUUUAAUCAGUCUGACUUGCAGCUUGUUUACAUCACUCACAGCUUGUUUAGUUUUAACUGAGGACACAGACACUCAGAGUCAGACGGAGAUGAAGGAGGAAAAAUGGAAAGAUCGAUACAAGGGAAAUAGGUGCCAAGGGUCACUGUUUGGAAUUUUCCUAUGCCCGCAAGUAUGGGUUAAUUAUCGAUUCAUCAUACAUCGUCUGUGUGGUUGUCACCUCGUUUGAUCCAUAGGAGUGGAUCUGAUUUGGGGUAUCAUGUGAAGACCACCGAUGUGUUAACCCUUGCCUGGGUGUGGUGUGGUAAUUCACUUGAAGAUGAUACGCCUUGUGACAAGUCACUUUGGGUGAUAAUUAUUAUGUGGAUUUGGAAGGAUGACAGAUAAUAUCUACAGUGACUGUUCUCUUGUUUUACCACCAUGGAACCUGUGGAAUUCGACAUAAUUGCCUUCUCUCGACAUUUACCCUGGAUUACAUAUAUCUCUCUCAUCACCUAUUCUGUGGUUGAACUGAACUUUCAUACUUUACCAUCUCAAGACUCCAAGCCUUGUUCCCCCCAAGCUCAAUAGUUUUGGAUUUAUAUUUACACACAUAUAUACACAUAACACUGUUAACUUUUGUUUAUCUUGCUUAAGUUACUAUAUUAUAAGUCGAUUCUAAUAAAGAUAGUUUUAAGAUCAAAAACAGACUCCUGGUGUAGUCUCCACGAGGAAAUCUGCAGAUGCUUGGAAGUCAAACACACACAAAAUG